AUGCUUCUCCUCCGCCCUCCUCCUCUCCUCAAACACCUCUCCCUCUCCAAAUCCCUCUUCUCGACCUCCUCGACCUCGAUCCCCAUGUCAGGUGUCUUCGCCGUGGAAAAACCCGUCGGCGUGACCUCGACGCAGUACCUAGCUCAGAUCCUGCGCCAGCUCGAAAACAUCCCCGAGUUCCGCAUCCGCGACCGCCACGAAAUCAACUACAGAAAAAAGAGACGGCUGCCGCUGGUGAAAGCGGGGCAUGGGGGCACUCUUGAUCCGGCGGCGGACGGGGUUAUGAUCAUUGCGCUUAAUGACGCGACGUCGAGAUUGAAGAGGUAUCUCGAGUGCACGAAAACUUACAACGCUGUAGCCCACUUUGGCGCCUCUACAACUACCUACGACAGAGAAGGAAAAGUCUUCGGAUACGCAGACACAGCCUGCGUCACCCCCGAAUCCCUCGAACAAGCACUCGACCUCUUCCGCGGUGAAAUCCAGCAAAUCCCUCCAAUCUACUCGGCGCUCAAAAUGAAGGGCAAAUCACUCCACGAAUACGCCCGUGACGGUGUUGACCUCCCGCGCAGCAUCACCCCGCGCAAAGCCGCGAUCCACGAAAUCGUAACCACGUCAGAGAUCAUGUACGAGCACGAUAUACCGACCCCCAUCGUCUCUGCUUCCGACGCCGAUCGGCUGCGAGAGCGGUUCUUUCGCGAGGCGGCGUUGAAGGUGUUGACAGAGAAGAACGAUUUGAGAGCGUUGCUUGAGCUUGAGAAUCUCAGACGCGAGCCUAUGCCUCCGAUUCCCGAACCUACUCCAGAAGAACUACAAGCAAAAAAAGAAGAAGCAGAAGCAGCGCAGAAAUUGUCAUCCAGGAAACGCAAACGCUACUACGACAGCGAAAAAAACAACUUCGACAACAUCACGACUGCCACCGACAUCACGACUUCCACCGAUCCAAUAGUCCUGCUCACCCCGCCCGCCUCGCAAAAAUUCCCAAUCGUCCACCUGCGGAUGACGAUCUCGUCCGGGACCUACGUGCGCUCGAUCGUGCACGACCUCGGGACCGCGAUGGGCACGAAAGCGUACACGCGCCAUCUGUCGAGAGUCAGGCAGGGCGAGUGGGCCGUGGGUAAGAAUGUGAUUUUGGCGGAAGAGAUUGAGAAGCUGCCGGUGCAGGUGUGGGCGAAGAAAGCGCUGUUUUAUAUGGAGAAUGGGCCGGAGGCUGAAUAUGUCCCGGAGAGUGAAUCUGUGCCUGAGAGUGAAUCUGUGCCUGAGAGUGAAUCUGUCCCUGAGAGCGAGGAUAAAAGCGAGGAUAAAAGCGAGGAUAAAAGCGAGGAUAAAAGCGAGGAUAAAAGCGAGGAUAAAAGCGAGGAUAAAAGCGAGGAUAAAAGCGAGGAUAAAAGCGAGGAUAAAAAAUGA